ACGCUACCUCUAUGCCCAGUCAAGGGUACUGCUUCUGUUGAGUGUCUCGAGCAAGCACUGAAGAAGGUGGAUUGUUGGCUGAAGUCGACCAAGAUGGGACAACGGUCUUCUCAGGUCAUGGAUUACAAUCGUCAUCACCAUAAUUCCGCUAUACCAGUGGUCGUCCUUUCUGCUUGUAGCAAUAUCUGUGGUGUGCGUCUCGAUAUACCGACAGUAUCAACUCUGAUCCAUGAAUAUAACGGUGUUGUCGCAUGGGACUUGGCAGCCAUUGCAGCUCAUGACAAGGUCGAUAUGAACCCUUCUACGCACCCUAACGGUUAUAUCGAUUUCGCAUUCGUAUCUCCUCAUAAGCUGAUCGGUGGUCCCGGUAGCAGCGGUCUCUUGUUGUGUAAGAAGAAACGACAGACUAACGCCGUGCCGGCUGUCUGCGGCGGAGGCGUCGUUCUAUACGUGAGUCAGAGAGGUCAUCGGUAUCUUGAUGACUUCGAAGAGCGCGAGGAAGCUG